UAGCCGUUGAGCGGCAAUAGGCUCCCUGUUGGGUUUACUGUACCACGCUCACGCUGGUGUCGUCACACACUGGUGAUGUGCCUUUGAUUUCAGUAAACAAUUUGAUAGUGCUCCAGCGCCGCUCCAACCCUGUGCUCCUGUACACUGUGUCCCGACACAGGAUAAUGGUCAUUAUGAAAAGCUCGGGAGGAUUACAACUCGCCUUCAGAAUUUAUAAGCGAAGUCAUCACUCAGUUGGAAUUAUUGGAGCGCCUUUUUCAAAAGGACAACCGCGGGAUGGUGUGGAGAAAGGACCAGACCUCAUUCGCGCAGCCGGAUUGGUGGAUAAGCUUAAAGCGCAAGGCUGUGUGGUCAAAGACUAUGGCAACGUGACGUUUGAGGAGGUGGCCAACGAUGAGCCAAUAGGCAAUGUGAAGAGACCCAGAGCGGUGGGCAGCGCCAACCAACGUCUGUCUGCUGCCGUCCACGCUGUGAAAAAUGACGGACACACCUGUGUGAUGCUGGGAGGAGACCACAGUUUGGCAAUAGGCUCGAUCCAGGGGCAUGCAGCAGCUAAGAAGGACCUCAGUGUAGUAUGGGUGGACGCCCAUGCAGACAUCAACACACCCCUGACCUCCCCUACAGGCAAUAUCCACGGACAGCCCAUGUCCUACCUCAUCCACGAGCUGCAAUCCAAGAUUCCAGUUCUGCCAAAUUUCUCUUGGAUCAAGCCAUGCGUAUCGGCCAAAGACAUAGUCUACAUUGGCUUGAGAGACGUGGAUCCAGAGGAGCACCAUAUCCUUAAGUUACUGGGUAUCAAAGUUUACUCCAUGACUGAGGUGGAUCGCCUUGGGAUCGCCAAAGUGAUGGAGGAGACAUGUGACUACAUCUUCUCAAAGGUGAAGAAGCCCAUCCACCUGAGCUAUGACAUCGAUGCCCUGGACCCAUCAAUCUCUCCGGCCACAGGAACCCCAGUAGUGGGAGGGCUGACCUACAGGGAGGGAAUCUACAUCACAGAGCACAUCUGUCAGACAGGGCUGCUGUCUGCAGUGGACAUGGUGGAGGUGAACCCUAAGAGGGGCAGGACGGAUGAUGAGAUCAGCUCCACGGUCAACGCUGCAGUAGAUCUGAUACGUGGCUGCUUCGGAAAGCUUCGGGAGGGAAACCACCCUGCAGACUACAAGAUGCCCCUGCCUUGAGCUGCCAACCACCACCAGAAUCUUCUGUUACGAUAAAGGGCUAUGGCCAUCAACGCAAUCUUUUGUAUUAAAUCAUGGAGAUUAAAAUACUUUCCCCCCAGAAUUCUUUCAGGGUUUGAUUGGUAACAACUGUGUUAAUAGGAAUAGUUCUGCAGUUGUUCCAAUCAAUUAUGCGUCUGGUCUGGACAAAUCAUGUAAAACACUGACUCACUCCAGACUGAAUUCUUUACUUAACAUAAUAUUUAUUUCUGUAGAAAACAUUAAUCUCACAUGUACAACACAUAUCCCCACACAUCCCAUCGUUAUUACAAUUCAAAAUAAAAAGAAGACCUGCAUCUGGGAGGAUAUACA